CCGCUACAUGCUCAAACACAUACUGGUAUAUGAAUCAAUUCUGCAUAAAAAUGUUGGUUCACGCGAAAACUCAAUUCGACAGUUUGUUUAACUAGGUAGAACACAAUAGAACCACCUUCUAGACUUCGAAGCGCGAUAACUUCUGUUUUGCCUUACCCUGCUUGUUUGUUGUGUCAUGGCUGUGUCAGUUGUUGGUUUCGAUAUUGGCUCUUUGACUUCCUACAUUGGUGUCGCUAGAGGUGGCGGAGUCGAAGUGAUUACAAACGAGUAUAGUGAGAGGGCUACACCGUAAGUCUACUGUGUUGUUGAUCUUUUCAGAACAUGUGUUGCUUUUUCCGGGGAAUUAGUCCUUGUGGGAACAGCUGCCAAGUUACAACAAGUUAUGAAUAUCCAGAAUACUUUUACAAGCUUUACUCGGCUGCUCGGAAAGUGUCUGUCAGACUCCUCAGUUGUGAACGAAAGAAAGUUCAUAACCCAUCAAGUUGAAUCAACUCGUGAUGGUCGCAUCACACUUUCGGUAAGUCUUUUCAUUAGCGGUUUCAGUUUGUCAAGGCUUUUCUGAAAGGCCAAAAAACUCCUUUUGCCCCUGAGCAAAUUUUGGCAAUUCAAAUGAAUAAACUUAAGGAAAUUGCAGAGACUACUAUUGGUUCUAAAGUGGUCGAUGUUGUUGUCAAUGUUCCUACUUACUACACAGAUGCCGAACGAAGAUCUGUAUUAGAUGCCACAAAAGUGGCAGGAUUAAACUGUGUGAAGCUAGUGAAUGAUAUAACUGCAAGUAAGUUCUGCUUGGAUUCCUAAUCUCGUAAGUUGGUACCGCGUACGGGUUUUACCACACCGACUUACCACCAGCUGAUCAACAGCCGAAAAUAGUGGCAUUUGUCAGUGUUGGUUAUAGUACUACGCAAGUUGGUAUUUGCAGUUUCAACACAGGCAAGAUGAAAGUCCUUGCAACUACGUGUGAUGCUUUUCUUGGUGGUCGGGAUUUUGACGAAAGGCUUUUCAACAAAUUCGCUAGUGAAUUUCAGCAACAGUACAAACUAAAGGGUUCACUAUCAUCAAAAGCGACUAUAAGGUUGCUUCAGGAAUGUGAAAAGCUCAAGAAGUCAAUGAGUGCUAAUUCCUCAGAGUUACCAAUCAACGUCGAGUCCCUAGCAGAAGACCGAGAUUUAGCGAAUAAGAUGAAGCGGACUGAUUUCGAAGAAUUGUGCUCGGAUCUCUUGCAGCGAUUUCAAAUGUUGUUUACAAAAUGUCUUGAUGUGGCUAAGUUGAAGACAGAAGAUGUACACUCAGUGGAACUUAUUGGUGGGAGUUCACGUAUACCUAUGAUAAAGAACGUUGUCGCAUCUGUCUUCAAACAAGAAGGCAAGACUAGCUUAAAUGCCGAUGAAGCUGUCGCUCGUGGAUGUGCAUUCCAGGCAGCCAUCUGCUCCCCAGCUUUCAAGGUAAAAGACUUCACUGUCAUUGAACAAUGUCUGUAUCCUAUUAUAAUACAAUUUGAUCAAGAGGAAGGUAGCGAACAAUGCAUGCAAACUGAAGAAAUUGAUGGUACAUUAACGACACAAGGCAAAAAUAUGUGCAUCGAAGUUUUUCCUUUUCUCCAUCCUAUUCCUUCUUCACGUCAGAUUGUCCUUUUACGACAUGGUGUUUUUACUUUGGAAGCUCGGUACGCGAAUAAAGAUAGCUUACCAAACCAAAAUAUUGUCAUUGGGACUUUCAGAAUAGGAGACGCUUCUCAAGUAUUCACAGAGCCUCGUAAAAUCAAGCUUAAAAUGCGUAUGAAUACCCAUGGUAUUUUCAAUAUUUCACAAGCACAAUUAAUCGAAGAGUAUGAAAAGGAAGUUGAAGUUAGUGUUUCUGAGGACAAUCCUGUAGUUGAUGGACCUCCAAACUCCAAACAGGAAGUAACCACAGCUAGCAAUGGAGAUACUGAGAGUCAGAAUCCCCCGGUGGAUUCCAACCAAACAAACAUGCAAGAUUCUACUUCACCAAAGAAGAAGACAGUAAUGAAAAAGAAAAAAUUCACGAAGUAUCAUGAUUUGAGCAUUGAAGUUAGUAAUAUGCAGUUCACUACAAAACAACUCAAUGAGUUUUGUGAAAUUGGGGCUAAUCUCAUUCAACAGGACAAACUGGAACGAGAACGAGUCAAUUCCAAAAAUGCAGUUGAGGAGUAUGUUUAUGAAAUGCGGUCUAAACUUCAAGGACCAUUAAAUCCGUUCGCUUCACCUGCUGAGUCAGAAUCACUACUUCAGUUAUUAGAUAUGACAGAAGAGUGGUUGUAUGGUGACGGUGAGAGUUUAAAACGUCACGUUUAUGUAGAAAAGCUCGCCGAGUUAAGGAGCAAGGGAGAUCCAAUCGUCCAUCGAGCGAACGAACAUCUUAAUCGUCCUUUAGCCGUUGACAACUUCAAUCGAUCACUUGUGCGUAUAAGGAAAGUGCUAGACAGUAUUGCAGCUGGAGAACCAACUUAUGACCACUUAACACAGGCGCAGGUUAAUCAGCUGGAAGAUAUGAUAGUACAGUAUGAGACCUGGUUGAACCAGCAAAUGAUGCAACAAAAUCCUAGACCACAAACUUCAGAUCCUGUAGUUAAAGUUACAGAUAUCGUAUCUCAACAGCAAGCCAUGGAAUCAGUGUGUCAUCCAAUUAUCAAUACUCCAAAGCCUCCAACGGCGUCUCACACAAAUAAUACUCCAGACCUUAACUCUCAAAAUUCUGGACAGUCCAACGAUGUGAAUAAUCCAAACACAAAUUCUAACCCCGGGACAAAUCAUUCCAAAAAGGGUGCUGAUGAUGAACAAAAUAUGGACUUAGAUUGAUGGGAGAUAUGACUUAUUUCUUUGAAAUCUUAUAAUGUUUCAUUCAGCAUUUUGUCCAAUUCUUCAUUGUUUGACUUUUGUUAUGACUUUCUAAGUGGGUUCUGUAUUAUAAAGCGUUACCGAGCGGCUUCUCACUCCUCAUUGGCAUGAAUAUGAAUGGUAGGACAAAAAGUCUAGAGAAUUUUCUAGACUUUAAUGCAGUGCCCCGAAGAGUUUUUGAACGUUCCCCGCUUGAAGUCUCCUGAUGGUCUCAGUGUUCUCUUUUAGCCAGAGCACUUCAUUCGGGACAAUUGUCUAGAUGUAUCCCAUUUCCGCCCUCUGAUAUGUUGGAUAUAUACGUUUGGUCAAUACUGGUUUAUUCGUAAAGUAGUUCUGCCACUAACUUCCUCCUUUAUGUCAUUCGAGUACUUGGUUCGCUAUGUCGUAACGUUCUCUGGGUUAUAUGGCCGUUUACUACGAAUAUUCAAACUUAUUAGUGGGAAAUUAUAUUUGAAUUAAUCUCAGCAAUUUAAAUAAUUCGAACGUUUCGUCCAGCAAACCCUGAAGAAGUCUGCUGGAUGAGUCCUUGGGGUUGUUUAAAUUUCAAUCGGUGAGAUUAUUUCAAAUAUAAUUUUUACAAGUAAUGUCUUCUCUACACUUGGCGCCCAAUUUUCACCGAAAUAUUCUUCCUAAUAUUA